AUGUCAGAGAACUGGGCAUUAACACAGUCCAAAAAAGUGACAGUCAGAAAUACAAAAGCAAAAAGAGAUGGACUGGAGAGCAAAAGCUCUACAAAUAAGAGACAAAAGCCUCCUCAUCAACGCGGCCCUUCAGCUAAUACGUUACACUUAUUACGGACUCGACCAAUCCCGUGGAAACGUCGCUGUCGGGGGCGUGGAAACACCGCUGUGGGCAGUGGAAACACCGCUGUGGGCAGUGGAAACACCGCUGUGAGCAGUGGAAACACCGCUGUGGGCAGUGGAAACACCGCUGUGGGCAGUGGAAACACCGCUGUGGGCAGUGGAAACACCGCUGUGGGCAGUGGAAACACCGCUGUGGGCAGUGGAAACACCGCUGUGGGCAGUGGAAACACCGCUGUGAGCAGUGGAAACACCGCUGUGGACAGUGGAAACACCGCUGUAAGCAGUGGCAACACCGCUGUGAGCAGUGGCAACACCGCUGUGAGCAGUGGCAACACCGCUGUGAGCAGUGGAAACACCGCUGUGAGCAGUGGAAACACCGCUGUGAGCAGUGGAAACACCGCUGUGAGCAGUGGAAACACCUCUGUGAGCAGUGGAAACACCGCUGUGGGCAGUGGAAACACAGCUGUGGGCAGUGGAAACACCGCUGUGGGCAGUGGAAACACCGCUGUGGGCAGUGGAAACACCGCUGUGGGCAGUGGAAACACCGCUGUGGGCAGUGGAAACGAUAAACGUACAGCAAGAAAGAAAACAAAAGUCUUCUAG